UAAAACCUAUGGUGCAUGUUCUUUACAGACAACUCACUCACUGACUAACCCACCCCUCUCUCUCUCUCUCCCCCCUCUUCAGAGCACACAACUGGUAAGCAUUCUUGUUUUCUUCUAGUUCUUUUCCUAUCAUGUCCAAUUUAGUUACUUAUAAUUCUGAUGGAAAACCAGUUCUGUAAAUACACUACUCGUGCGUGAUCCUUCAAUGGACUUGUCAAGGGAGAAAUUAGUGCUUUAGGAUCUCCAAUCUUUAGUAUUAAAAAAAGUAGGGUUGGAAUAUUCAAAUUGGUAAAUUAAACUCAAAACUGCUGGUUUCCUGUUUGUGGGUUUCAGUUAUCUGAGCAUUCCAUGGCUUCUUCAAUGCUAAGUGGAACUGAAAACCUCACACUCAUGAGGGGGAUAACGUCAAAGAGGUUUAGCUUUACUGGGUCAGAUUUGAAUUGGAAGCAUUUCAGCAAGAUUGGUGUGGUUUCCCAUGGUACAAGUUUCAGGGCUAGAACUAAAACCCUAGCACCCAGUUGCACCCUUUCAUCGGCAAGACCGGCUUCGCAACCUAGGUUUAUACAGCACAAGAAAGAGGCAUUUUGGUUCUAUAGGUUUCUGUCAAUUGUGUAUGAUCAUGUCAUAAACCCUGGGCAUUGGACUGAGGAUAUGAGAGACGAGGCGCUCGAGCCUGCCGAUUUGAGUGAUAGGAAUAUGAUAGUGGUGGAUGUGGGUGGAGGGACAGGGUUUACUACUUUGGGCAUCGUUAAGCAUGUGGAUGCCAAAAAUGUCACCAUUUUGGAUCAGUCGCCGCAUCAGCUUGCCAAGGCAAAGCAGAAGGAGCCAUUGAAGGAGUGCAAGAUUGUUGAGGGGGAUGCAGAGGAUCUCCCGUUCCCUACUGAUUAUGCAGACAGAUAUGUAUCGGCUGGGAGCAUAGAGUACUGGCCAGACCCACAACGUGGCAUCAAGGAAGCAUACAGGGUUCUAAAACUUGGAGGGAAGGCGUGCCUAAUUGGUCCUGUUUAUCCAACAUUUUGGCUGUCUCGGUUUUUCGCUGACGUGUGGAUGCUCUUCCCAAAAGAGGAAGAGUACAUUGGGUGGUUUGAGAAAGCUGGAUUCAAAGAUGUUAAACUGAAGAGGAUUGGUCCAAAAUGGUACCGUGGUGUUCGUCGCCAUGGGCUUAUCAUGGGUUGUUCUGUCACUGGGGUAAAACCUGCAUCUGGGGAUUCUCCGUUGCAGCUUGGCCCGAAGGCAGAGGAUGUCGAACAGCCUGUCAAUCCAUUUGUGUUCUUUGGGCGCUUCCUUCUGGGUGCAAUGGCAGCCACUUAUUUUGUACUGAUUCCCAUUUACAUGUGGCUGAAAGACCAAAUAGUCCCCAAAGGUAGGCCGAUUUGAGAGAGACAUAGACAAAGAGAGAGCGCGAGAGGGGACCUCUUGGCUGUUAGGACUGCUUGUAAUAUACUCUUUCCAGUUUGCCUGAAACUUUGCUGUUAUAUAGAAAAUAGAGAAUUUCACCA